CCAGAGUAUCUUAUCCCAAACAGAGUGGCUAUAUUUGUCUAAGCCCACACGUCCCUCACUCUCUUUUGCAAAUUAGGGUUUUCGCAUCUCUUCUCAUCUUCCUUCGUAACCCUCAAACAUGGCGGAACAGACAGAGAAGGCUUUUUUGAAGCAGCCAGGUGUUUUUCUAAGCUCUAAGAAAACCGGAAAGGGAAAGAGACCAGGAAAAGGAGGGAAUCGAUACUUUAAGAGUAUUGGUUUAGGAUUCAAGACUCCUCGUGAGGCUACUGAAGGUACAUACAUUGACAAGAAAUGCCCAUUCACUGGCAAUGUUUCCAUCCGAGGUCGUAUCCUUGCUGGUACAUGCCACAGUGCUAAGAUGAACAGAACCAUCAUUGUUCGACGGAAUUACCUACAUUAUGUCAAGAAGUACCAGAGAUAUGAGAAGAGGCACUCUAAUAUUCCUGCUCACAUAUCACCAUGCUUCCGUGUGAAAGAAGGUGAUCAUGUUAUUAUUGGACAGUGCAGGCCUUUGUCCAAAACCGUGAGGUUCAAUGUCUUAAAGGUGGUUCCAGCUGGUUCUGCUGGUGGGGGGAAAAAGGCUUUUACCGGAAUAUGAGCUUGGUGCUCCCAUUUUAAAUGUUACUUCUAGGAAUGAUGUCAAGACUUUUCUGCUCUUACUGAAUUGUUGUCUUCAUUGGUUUUCCCUUUUGCUUCAAAUUUUGAAACUUAAUACUAGCAAGUUCUUUUUAUUAAGCCUAUGUACUACUAGCUUAUAAGGUGUUUAAUGAUUGAACCUUAUUUAAAAAAAAAAAAAAGGAUGUUUGGUGAUUGAGUUA